AUGAUUGUCAAUUGCUGUUUAGAGUGGAAUAUUCUGUUUGGUUGUACUGCUCAAUGUACUAUUAUGCCAGCCUUGGGAAUGAUUCUCAGCAAAAUCUUGGGUCUGCCUCCUUCAAUUUCAGUUGGUCUAAUAUUGCUUGCUUGUUUCCCUGGAGGUACAACGUCUAACGUGGUAACCUUAAUUGCACAAGGAGAUGUCCCGUUAUCAAUAGUGAUGACAGCAUGCACUACAAUUGGUGCAGUGGUUCUGACUCCCUUCUUGACAACGAUUCUAGCAGAAACUUAUGUUCCUGUGGAUGCUGUUAAACUUUCUAUCAGCACGCUCCAGGUUGUGGUUGCUCCAAUUCUCCUGGGUUCUUAUAUGCAGCACAAAUUUCCGAAAGCUGUGAAAUUUUUUACACCAUUUGCUCCCCUUCUCGCUGUCUUAGCUACAUCUCUUGUUUCUGCCAGUAUAUUCUCUGAAAAUGUUGGUCGUCUAAGAUCUUCCGUGGUUGGCAUGUCAUUCUCUUCUGAUUUGCCUCUAAUCAGUCGUGCUCAGAAUGUGCUAACUAGCGAAUUUGGACUUGUUGCGGUGUCUGUCACAUCGCUUCAUUUUGCUGGUUUCUUUGUUGGGUAUCUUUCUGCUUCUUUGGCCGGUUUUAGCGAACCUCAAAGACGAGCUGUAUCCAUCGAGUUUCUGUAUUUUUUGCCGGUUGGCAUGCAAAAUUCCGCCUUGGGUGUUGUUUUAGCGACCUCCCAUUUCUCUUCACCAGCAGUUGCAUUACCUGCUGCAACUUCAGCUAUCAUUAUGAGCAUAAUGGGUAGUUGCUUAGGUUUCUUUUGGAGAUGUAUUAACCCUACUCAACCAAAAAGUAGUCUUGAAGUGACUGAUAAAUCUUGAAUAUCCAUGUUGAACUAUAGUAUUCUGUUUCUUCCUAUUUGUACAACUAUCAUAAAUUUUUGCUUUUGUCAUUCUCUGAGUUCACUUUUGAGGCCCUAGCAAGUAGCAAUGUUGAAAACUCAUCAAUUGCAUACUGGACAAGUCUUUGUAACUCACCUAACUAUGGUUUUAUAACUAAGGUCUGCAAUUAUAGAACCUUCAUAAAGUGCCGGAAUUCACAUUUGAACUUCCAUGAUCGACAAAUUCUCCCUAACUUAGCCUUUUAUUCUGGCUACUGGAUUCCAGUUCUUCUCCAAUCUUACUUUGUCAGGGAGGGAGAGGUCAUCAGGUAAGCACCUGAAGAAGGCCGGACCAUAUUAAGGCUGUUGUCUCCGGCCUUACCUUGCAUAAAUGCAAGAGGUUGUUUCCAUAGCUUGAACCUUUAACCUCAUGGUCAAACGCUGGCUGCUCGCGUGAAGACUCCCCUUGAAGAAGUGAAAGCAUGUCUAAUGCACAAAAUACACAAUAGAGUAGAGACAGUUUGUGAAGGUACUUUUACCCCCAUUAAGUAUGAUCUUCUAGUUACAUUAUAUGUAGCGAGCUUAAUUCAAUGAACGAAAUUUCGUGAUAAGUCAAAGAAGAUGAAUGCUAGAAAUGUCAAAAUGAGUGUGCAUUUCUGGAUAUUAGGUUGCAGAGGAGCAGCAAAUGAGAUUGAUUGGCCUGAAAUAUUCAUAUUAUAUGCUAAAGAAUCCAAUCUUUUUCCACCAAGACGCUUAGCAGGACUGUUUCAGGGCAAUUGUUCGACAAAUUGGACAAUAUGGUGUCUGUACCAACCAUGAAUCAAUGCAUUUGACAAUACUGUAAUUCAUGGAAUUGUUUUUUCUUUUUUUCAAUUGAAAUUAACGCCCAUUUUCAUUAAAAAAAA